ACCAUGCUCAUGAAACCCAUCAAAACUGUAUGGAAACUAUCGAGGAAAUGGACCAAUUUGACCAUCUGGAUUAUUAUUGGCAUGGUAAUCGGUAUUCUGAUCGGCAGAUUCGCACCCGAAUUUGCAGUCAAGAUUGGACCCCUUGGAAACGUCUUUAUCAGAAUGAUCCAAUGCAUUGUUGGCCCUCUAAUUUUCAGUACGCUGGUGAUUGGUAUUGCAGGCCACGGUGAGGAUCUUCGUCGGAUAGGUCGUCUAGCUCUCAAAUCUGUUAUCUACUUUGAAGUGGUCACGACCUUGGCACUCAUUUUAGGACUCAUUGCUGUCAACAUUGCUCGGCCUGGCACAGGAUUCGACACAAGUCAAUUACCACCCCCAGAUACGAACGUAACCAGCAUCACUUGGGUGACAGAGAUGGAAGUCAUUGUGCCUACAUCUUUUUUCCUAGCACUUUCAGAUCACUCCGCCGUCUUAGCAGUCGUCUUUUGUGCCAUCAUGUUCUCAGUCGCAAUUACCCAAGCAGAUGAGAGAUCCAGGAACUUUAUGCUCGACUUUAAUCUUUCGCUAUCAAAAAUCAUGUUCAAGCUCAUUGUGUUGGUUAUGAACUAUGCUCCCAUCGGUAUCAGCUGCGCUAUUGCUGCGACUGUGGGACAGUAUGGGCUCGAUUCCUUGAAAGUGGCCGGACGACUGGUCUUGACCCUCUAUGUAUCGCUCUUGAUCUUUGUCCUUGUGGUGCUCCUUCCUGUGGCGGUUCUCUGUCGCCUACCAUUAAGAGAGUUUGGAUGGGCUGUGGGGGAGCCCUUCUUGAUCGCAUUCGCGACCAGUUCUUCUGAAUCGGCUCUUCCAAAGGCGAUGGAGAACAUCAUGGCAUUUGGUGUGCCCAUGAACAUUGCGGCGUUUGUGAUCCCAACGGGCUAUUCAUUCAACUUGGAUGGGUCUACGUUGUACUUGGCAGUAGCGACGAUCUUUUGUGCUCAAGUAGCAGGGAUCAACAAGUCUGUUGGAGAACAGAUUGUGAUUAUCCUCACAUUGAUGCUCACGUCCAAGGGAGUGGCUGCAGUACCUCGAGCUUCCUAUAUUGUUUUGAUGACGACCCUAACAAAUGCCAGGAUCCCAUUGGCGCCUCUGGCAUUGAUCUUGAGUGUGGAUGCGUUCAUGGACAUGGCUCGUACUGCCGUGAACGUUUUAGGAAAUAUGCUUGCCAGUGCAGCGAUCGCUAAAUGGGAAGGGCAAUUCCGAAACAAGGACUGGGUCGCAUCACAGACCGGCCAGGCACCAGAGACUUUGGAGAUGAAUAUGGCUGAAUAUGAU